AACAGCUGUCAGAUAUGUUUGGCGCUUAUCGCAUCGCUAAAACAGUUUUGUUAUUGUGCUAUUUGUAAAUGUUAAUUUUUUUUGUUAUACAUAAAUAAUUGAACGUUUUUAUAAUAAUAAAAUGUUAAAUUUAAAUUGUGUUAUAUGUGCGGAGUUAUUUGCGCCAUCGGACGAUGUGCAUGUAACCAAUUGUGGGCACAUGUUUCAUUAUACCUGCUUAAUUCAAUGGAUGGAACGGUCCAAAACUUGUCCACAAUGCCGCAAUAAAUGUACAACAAGGAAUAUAUUUCGCAUUUACUUUAAUUUGGCGAAUUUAAAUGAGAGCAGAGUGGACAUCGGCUCACUGCAGGAACAGAUAGAUAAUUUAAAAUUACAAGCCCAAGUGAAAAACAGAGAACUGAAGGUUGCUGAGGAGGAAGUUAAGGUGCUCAAGGACACCCGAAAAAAAUGCCUCAAAACUAUUAAAAAUUUGGAGCAACAAAUUAAGUCAAAUGAUUUCCUCAUACAAUCUUACGUAGAACAGAUGAAACUAGUAAAAACAGAUCAAAAAGUUGUUGAUGGAUUACGAAAUGAAGUAAAUUCAUUAAAGAAACAAAUUGAGACCAUGGAUGGAGUAGCAGCCUUGAUAACGGCUUGUGGCUCAGAAGCAGAUAAGAUUGUUAAACAAGAAAAUGACCCUAAAAAGCUGGCACUUUGGAUAACAGUUUUAAAAAGGGAAUUAAGAACGUGUGACCAAAAAAAGACUGAUAUGCGGAAUAUGCUUAAACUGGUGCAAACAGAAGCUCGCAGUGAAAUGAAAUUGAAAAAAGAACAUGAAGAACGAAUUUCACAACUUGAAAGCGAAAAUUACCAACUGGUUGAAAAGAUAAAGUUAUUGGAAGUGUCUAAUGAAACCUCCAAUCAUAAGACAAUGGCGGAUCUUGAUGAGCUAAAUAAAGCUUUUAAGUCUUCGUUGCUAAGAGAGGAAAGACGCACAACCAUAUCGCCUAGCAUUAAGGAGAGUGUUAAAAAUAUUGAAGAAUCAAAUUCACCUUAUUUAAAUAUAAAGAAAAGUAUUGUGGGCUUGUCUCAUUUUGGACAACGUUUAAAUGAAGUGUCUAGUACUAACAAAUUAACAACUUUAAAAAUAUCUCCAAAGAAACGAGGACUUCCGUUUGCAACGACAAGUGAUCUCAGUGAUAGAUAUUCAACCAUAUUUAAAAAACCACGCAUAGGCCAAAUUACAAUCGGAAAACCAAUUGUAAUCAGCGAUAAUGCCGAUUUAGAAACAUUUGAAGGCAAUUCUAAUCCCUCAAAAGUCGAAAAACUGCCAAAUCAACAUGUAAACAUGCGUCUCAAGACUGGAGCAUUACGCAAUAUUAAGUUAUCUAAAUGAUUUUUAUUUAUUUAUUAAUUACAUUGUAAAGUUAUAUUAAG